AUGAGAUGCCUGUUGUGGGCGCUGAUGGCCCAACUGCACAGCUCUUUGGAUAUGGCAGCGCUAGAGAAGGACGUGCUGCACGACAAGAACGACGAUGCCUGGACGACUUCGUCCCAGUUCAAGCGCGACCUGGUGGCCUUGUUCAGCAACAGCUCUGAGGAACAGGUGCUCGAAGUGGGGGCCCACCUCGGCCAUUGCACUCGCGUUCUGGCACGGCUCUUCCGCACCGUGCUGGCACUCGAGCAUUCCCCGCACGUGCUGAAGCAGAACGCCCAGCGGAACGCCGACCUGGCCAACGUGGUCUACUUGAGGUUCCACAGCGUCCUGGACGACUGGACGACGUUCGCGUCCACCAGGAUCUCGGCGGUUUUCAUCGACGCGGCCCACGACUACGCCAGCGUCCGGCACGACCUGGACAGGGCUUUGGCCUUACCAGAGGUGCACAGCAUCGUGCUGGAUGAUUAUGGCACCCGCACUGGAGUGCACCAGGCGGUGCACGAGGUCCUGCAACUGGGCCAAGCGACGCUGAAACGCUACGUGGGCCGUGCGCCGCCCUGGUCCUACGAUGGACGCACGGAGGUGCUUGACUGGGAGGGGGUGGUCUUGGAGCCAGUGAGGACGAAGAAGGAGGAGCCACCCCUGGCGCAGGAGGUGCUGGGUAGCUGGCUGGUCUUCCCUGCCGGGGUCUUCUCCACCGGAUACUUCGUGCCCCACGGCCACAUCGACCUCGCCAGCACUCAGACGGGGACCAGCUCCUAUGGUGCCUUGGAAUGGAGGCAGGCCAUCAGGGGUGAGCUGGGCAGCGAAGAGGAAGAUCGCACCUUGAUCCUCCAAGUCUCGGAGCCGCCCUACCUGCGGAUGCAAUGCCAAGUGAAUGCCGAGAGGACAGGCAUGGCAAUCUUGCGGAACGAUGGGGUGGUCUUGGUGGCUGUCCGGAAGGAUAUGAUGAGGGUGAUCGGUGACAAGUUGCUCAGUGGGGUGGACAGGGCAGCCAAUGUGCAGAGAGGCCGGAGCCGCACCGUGCGGUGUAACUGUGCAGAGGUAGCGGCCAGCGUGACCGGAGCGGUCCCGUCCGAGCCACCGAAGAGUGUGGUUGAGAGGUUGCCUCGUUUGGUGGAUGUUUUGCAAGAUCGACUGAAUAGACGAAGAAGAGAAUCUCCGGGUGACCAGACGGUCGGCGCGGGUGAGCCGCCGCUUGAAGACGUGUCGUUCGCCGAAGAAGUGGAUGGUUGGGAGGGCUUUGCCACCGAGGAGGCCGUGAGCUUUUCAUCACGCGGCAACACGGCUGGCCAGUUCAGGAUGUCGAUCGCGCACUACAUCAAUCCCGAAUCCGCCUCUUUCUCCGAGCUCUACAAGAAUCGUCGCGGCUGCCGGUACACCCGGGGCUACUCCGUUCCGCUGGAGGAGUUAUCGGAUCAUUUGGACCGUGGGCUGAUCAAGAGGAGGUCCAGCAAGGAGGCCCCGAACUGGGACGGCCUACAAGAGAUCUUUUGGUCGCCCUUCUCCCUCCUGUUGGUCUUCGUGCCGCUCGGGUUCCUCUCUGCCACCCACGAGUGGGGCGAUGGUUGGAUAUUUAUCUUGAACUUUAUAGCCUUGCUGCCGUUGGCGAAGCUCUUAGGGGAUGCCACCGAGGAGCUUGCGGUGGCCAUCAAGAACGAUGCAGUAGCUGGGAUGCUGAACGCCACCUUUGGCAACAUCGUUGAGAUGAUGAUCACGCUCAACACGCUGCGAUCCAAGAAGAUGCCAGUUCCAGAGAGGACCAAUGUGGUGAAGAGCACCCUGUUGGGCUCGAUUCUCUCAAACCUCUUGCUGGUGCUUGGCAUGUCUUUCUGCUUCGGCGGGCUGACGCAGGUGAAGGUGCAAGCUGCGACUGCGAUGGUCGGAGGAGAAAAGGAGCAGAAGUUUGCCAUGAAGGGUGUCACUAUGCAAAUGGGGCUGUUGGUAUUUUGCUGCAUGUCCUUCGCGCUGCCCACGUUGUUUGCACAAGGAUACGAGGAUGACCGACAGGACUUGCUGGACGUGUCCCGCUGGGGCGGGCUGCUGUUGGGUUCGGCCUAUUUGGCUUUCCUCUUCUUCCAGCUGGUGUCGCACAAGAAGACCCUAGAGAAUGAGGAGGGUGAAUUGAAGGAUCAAGAGAACGAAGAUGAAGAGGAUCGGCCGCCCUUGGCGAUUUGGGUCUCCUUGACGAUGAUGAUCGUCAUUACGGGCAUCACCGACCUGAUCUCCGACUACCUUUGUGAGUCCAUCAACGGGGUCACCGAGAACAUCAACGUGGACUUCCUGGGCACCAUCUUGCUGCCCAUCGCCGGCAACGCCUGUGAGCACCUGGGUGCCGUGCGCUUUGCUAUGGACGACAAGCCUGGCUUGGCGGCCCCUUGGCACGAUAGUGAUCCGAUGCACUGCGGUGCGGUGCCCCGCGGGGCCCAGGACUCAGGUGGCACUCUUUGUGGUGCCCUUUGCAGUGAUCGUGGGUUGGAUGUGGGACGUCCCGAUGACGUUGGACUUCGGCCCGGUGAACACGGCCGUGAUUUUCUUCUCCGUUCUACUGGCCACCGUCCUCAUGUCGGAUGGCCGAUCCCAUUGGUUGAAAGGAUCCAAGAGAUGUGGGGCCCUCGCGCCGCGAGGGGUACCCCACGUUGGGCCCUCCGGCUUGAGAGGUAG